AUGGCCAAGAAAGCGCCUCCGAACCGCGUCGCCUAUGAGCAUGCUGAAAUACGACCCGAUAAGUACGACAACACCUGCACGCCCUCGCUCCCCGAGAUAUACAUGCUCCUUUCCACGAACGUUGACCCCGUCACGCUGCAGAGUCGAGAAAGGGAUGGCAGAGCUGACGAUAUCACAGUCCGGAGAAAGGUUUUGUUCCUGGAGCAAAAGAAGAAGGGCAAAUGA